AUGCAUAUUCAUUUGAUGAAUCAGUUAUUGCAAAGGACAAGGAGGUCGGAAGAACUAGCGCAUGAAUACACUGAAGUAAAGAACACGAAUGAGAAGUUCGGUGACUGCCGCGUCUCUUCUGUGCAAUCCAGAAUAAGAAGCUAUGGCACUAGACUGUACAUCGCUGACAAAACUAACCCUUGUUUUAUGUGUGGCAGGUAAGUGUGAUUUGAUCAAUUAUAUAUAAUAGCUAAUGCUAUUUGUUGUUUUUCUUUUGUUUGCUGUUUUUUUUAUUACAUAUUUACGCAAUAUGCCUCCCUGGCGCACUUAGCAUUCUUUGCAGAUAGCCGAACCGUCCCAAGUCGUCUACAAAUUAGUUACAUUGACCUUUUUCGUUUAAUGUAGCCUAUAACGCUUAUUGCGUCAUCCAAACGUUUGACCAUUACGCAAAACAUAAAUAAUGUGUGCUGUAGAAUGAAGCUAAGGAUUACUCAUAUUUUGACAUUACACAAUUGUCAACUUAAUCGAUUAUUGAUGUUAUAAAAGUGAAGUGUCCAGCUUUAGGAUUUUGUACACCAUUCACACAGAGCAUCUGGUCUCUUAGCUUUGGCCAUCAGCUUCCUUAGAAAUAUGUAUUUCAAAUUAUUCUCACUUGGAGCCUACACAUGAUCAUGAUGAAAAUUAAAAUAUGUUCCCAAAAUACUGGACAAAACAGCUGACCAAGGUGAAGGACAUCUGUGCCAACCUGAAUGAAUCAGCAGCAUCAAAUGCAUGAAGAUGCAGUCAAAGUCAACGCAAAGCUUUCUAUGAACUGAUCUUUAUGCGUUUGACCAAAGCUUAUUUAUUCGGCUUCCCACUGGGCACACACUGGUUGAAUCAACGUGAUUCCAUUGAAAUGACAUUGAACCAACGUCGAAUAGACGUUUAAUUGAGGUAUGUGCUCAGUGGGUUGUCCCCAAUUCACCAACAGGAGGAUGGAAUUACCAAUAGGAGCCUAAUUAUAGAUGGCUCUCCCAUUACAUUAGUCAGAGAACUCAAAUCAAAGGUUAUUGCUGAGGAAACCUUGUGCUUUUAAAGGCACAAUCUGUUUUUUUUUUGCUACUGUCCAAUGGUAAUUUAACUGCCAUUGGGCACUUUGCUGUUUCACUUUUCUGUCACCCCUGGCAAUUUUACCUUGUGUGGGAGCUGGUCUCAUUCUCAGUGUCAAAAGAAGUGUGCACUAUUGGCUAGAGGAACUAGGAGAGCCCAUACAAUAGCCUGAGCGUCAGUGCACUAUUGGCUAGAGGAACUCAGGAGAGCCCAUACAAUAGCCUGAGCGUCAGUGCACUAUUGGCUAGAGGAACUCAGGAGAGCCCAUACAAUAGCCUGAGCGUCAGUCUGGUUGUGCUAUCAUUCCAACUUGUCGCUCAUUGCGAUGCCGAACAUGUUUGACUUGACAAGGACAUCAAUGGUGUAGGAAAGAGCAGAAACAGAUCUGGGACCCUGAGUUUCCCAUAAAGUACUUUGUGCUGUUUGUAAUAAUUUACACUUUAAUCAUUAAACUCUCAGACAUGAACCAUUCAAACCCUCUUCUUGGCUCUGGGACUUAAGAGACAACAUUUGGGACUUCUUACAGCUGAGGUAGGCUACCAAGUACCAACCCCCGACCUCAGCCUGACCCUAUUGUCCAGGCAGAGGGCACUUCACACCUCUGUGUUAGGGACCAGGUUGCCAGGGAACUCAUCUGACUGGGACCAGCCAAUCACAGGCCAUAGCUGGUGGGGUUACAGUCCCCCACUUCUAUCUGAACCGUUUGGUUGAAUUCCGGAGUUCCGGUUGAGAACACCUCUGUAAACUCCUGGGGCUCCACACCAACUCACCAGCUAAACAUUUCUCCACAUGGACAAUCCUCCACCAUUGGACUUCCUAACCUUGUGUUAGUGCAUAGAUGACCAUGUAAGUGGACAUUGAGUGGCUUAGCGCUCAUUUACAGACAGCGAUGAGACCGCCUACAGGGAGGAGGUUGGAGCCCUGGCAGAGUGGAACACCUCUCCACUGCAGCCCCAUCAAUGUCAAUAGGUCGUGAGCUGUAGUCGAUGAACAGCAUUCUCACAGGUGUCCAAGUGGGAUAGGGCAGUGUUCAGAACACUGGCGAUUGUGUCAUCUGUGGAUCUGUUGGGUCGGUAUGCAUAUUCUAAUGGGUCCAGGGUUUCAGGUAAGGUGGAGCUAAUGUAGUCCUUGUCCAGCCUCUCAAAGCACUUCAUGAUGAAAGAAGUGCGUGCUACUGGUAGAGCGAUAGUCAUUUAGGCAGGUUACCUUUGUUUGCUCGGGUACAGGGACGAUGGUGAACAUCUUGAAGCAUGUGGGGAUGACAGACUGGGACAGUCUAUUCUGGUAGUCCAUACUGGUCAGGUUAGGAUGUUUCAUACAAGACCUGGGUUCAAAUAGUACUUGAUGUCUCUAAAAUACUUGAAGCUGCAUUUGAUUGAGCUUGCCUAGUGCAAUGGAAUGGUCCCAAAAGUGCAAACCUUGCCUAUCCGGUACUCCAGGCAGGCUCAAUCAAACGGUUAUUAACAAAGGGUAUUUGAAUCAAGAUCUUCGGCCGUAUGCAUCAAGUGUCUCAGAGUAGGAGUGGUGAUCUAGGAUCUGGUGCCCCCUGUCCAUGUAAUCUUAUUUUUUUGUGAUCUAAAAGGCUAAACUGAUCCUAAAUCAUCACUCCUUCUCUUAGAAGCUUGAUACAUUUACCCACUGUUUCAUAAACUUGCUGCAUCCCUGAUCGCUUCCAACAACUACACUACAAUCUGAUGACAUGUUCCUUCCCUCUGAGGCAGCCCAUGGCUUUCCCCCAGUGAGCGGCUGCAGCGGUGCCUACGGGAGGGCCAUUCCCUCACUUAGCAGCUGCAGCGGUGCCUAUGGAAGGGCCAUCUCUGACUUCUGUGUGACCAAGUUCACUGUGGACAUGGAGGCCCUGGACCAGAGGCUGUGGUGCAGCUGGCCCGACACCUUUCAGUCAGUAUAAUCUAUAUUAGUCACCUCAUCCUAAAUAAAAAAUAAAGUUGAGUUCAAUUACAUUUACUUGAAUUAUGUUCGCAAUUGAAAAAUGUAAUCUUUGUUUGUCACUGUAUUAUUUGGCUGCCCUUGCAAAUGAUGCUCUACCAGUUUAGCAGAUGCCCUUGUCUUUAUAAUAUCUUUCCAUCUGGAGAGCUUACCUAUGUUUACAUGUCUAUCACCAUCAGACACAGAGAUACAGCGCCUUGCAAAAGUAUUCAUCCCCCUGGGCGUUUUUCCUAUUUUGUUACAACCUGUAAUUUACAACUUGUAAUUUAAAUGGAUUUUUAUUUGGAUUUCAUGUAAUGGACAUACGCAAAAUAGUCCAAAUUGGUGAAGUGAAAUGAAAAAAAUAACUUGAUCAAAAAAAUCAAAAAAAUAAAUAACGGAAAAGUGGUGCGUGCAUAUGUAUUCACCCCCUUUGCUAUGAAGCCACUAAAUAAGAUCUGGUGCAACCAAUUACCUUCAGAAGUCACAUAAUUAGUUAAAUAAAGUCCACCUGUGCGCAAUCUAAGUGUCACAUGAUCUGUCACAUGAUGUCAGUAUAUAUACACCUGUUCUGAAAGGCCCCAGAGUUUGCAACACCACUAAGCAAGGGGCACCACCAAGCAAGUGGCACCAUGAAGAACAAGGAGCUCUCCAAACAGGUCAGGGACAAAGUUGUGGAGAAGUACAGAUCAGGGUUGGGUUAUGAAAAAAUAUCUGAAACUUUGAACAUCCCACGGAGCACCAUUAAAUCCAUUAUUAAAAAAUUGAAAGAAUAUGGCACCACAACAAACCUGCCAAGAGAGGGCCGCCCACCAAAACUCACGGACCAGGCAAGGAGAGCAUUAAUCAGAGAGGCAACAAAGAGACCAAAGAUAACCCUGAAGGAGCUGCAAAGCUCCACAGCGGAGAUUGGAGUAUCUGUCCAUAGGACCACUUUUAGCCGUACACUCCACAGAGCUGGGCUUUACGGAAGAGUGGCCAGAAAAAAGCCAUUGCUUAAAGAAAAAAAUAAGCAAACACGUUUGGUGUUCACCAAAAGCCAUGUGGGAGACUCCCCAAACAUAUGGAAGAAGGUACUCUGGUCAGAUGAGACUAAAAUUGAGCUUUUUGGCCAUCAAGGAAAACGCUAUGUCUGGCGUAAACCCAACACCUCUCUUCACCCCGAGAACACCAUCCCCACAGUGAAGCAUGGUGGUGGCAGCAUCAUGCUGUGGGGAUGUUUUUCAUCGGCAGGGACUGGGAAACUGGUCAGAAUUGAAGGAAUGAUGGAUGGCGCUAAAUGCAGGGAAAUUCUUGAGGGAAACCUGUUUCAGUCUUCCAGAGAUUUGAGACUGGGACGGAGAUUCACCUUCCAGCAGGACAAUGACCCUAAGCAUACUGCUAAAGCAACACUCGAGUGGUGUAAGGGGAAACAUUUAAAUGUCUUGGAAUGGCCUAGUCAAAGCCCAGACCUCAAUCCAAUUGAGAAUCUGUGGUAUGACUUAAAGAUUGCUGUACACCAGGGGAACCCAUCCAACUUGAAGGAGCUGGAGCAGUUUUGCCUUGAAGAAUGGGCAAUAAUCCCAGUGGCUAGAUGUGCCAAGCUUAUAGAGACAUACCCCAAGAGACUUGCAGCUGUAAUUGCUUCAAAAGGUGGCUCUACAAAACAUUGACUUUGUGGGGGUGAAUAGUUAUGCACGCUCAAGUUUUCUGUUUUUUUGGUCUUAUUUCUUGUUUGUUUCACAAUACAAAUUAUUUUGCAUCUUCAAAGUGGUAGGCAUGUUGUGUAAAUGAAAUGAUACAAACCCCCCAAAAAUCCAUUUUAAUUCCACGUUGUAAAAUAGGAAAAAUGCCAAGGGGGUGAAAACUUUUGCAAGCCACUGUAGAAGGAUUCCUCAUAGGAAUGUUCCUGUGAUGUGCAAGGAAUGUUUCCAAGAGACCAUUCCCUUAAUGUGAAAUCGAAUUGACCCAGAACGAGGUUACCAUGUUGUCAGAACUUAAGAUAUUCAUGUUUUAGACACGUUUCAUGGGAACGUGGCAAAAACAUUAAUGUGUCCAGUUUUUUUAGGGUUAGGAGACUAUUCCACCAACAUUCCACCAAACAUACACAGAACGAGGUUACCAUGUUCUCAGAACAUAAGAUAUUCAUGUUUUAGACACGUUUCAUGGGAACGUUGCAAGAACAUGCGUCCCAAAAAAAGGCCUUACUGUUGCAAAGCCAAUCAAGGCCCUGAUUGGUGAACCACUGAUCCGUUCAGAGGUCUUUGUCUGUUGGCAAAGUUAAGGAUACUCACACAUACAGUGGUUUUAACAUACAAUGUAUUCAACUUACAUAUCUGACACACUUUGACAUACAUGAUUACAUUGUGCAUGUUCAUUUAUACAGUAAUUAUUAUUCAACAUGUCCUCAACUGGGAUUUGAACUCACAACCUUUUGGUUCACAGUACUUGGAUCUUCCUGCUAUACCACCAUAUAUCAGUUAAUCUGACUAUUCUUUUAUUAUUGAUUUUAUUUACUUAUUUCAGCAAUUUAAGGACUUUCUGUAUAGUUAUCUAAUGUUGGUGGGGCAUAUCAAGUUUGAGUGUACUUUUAACAGAGCUGAGAUUUACUUCAAAGUACAUUCACCCUAUUGCUUACACCUAUCAAGUUGUUUCAGAGCUACACAAGUGCCUAGGGAGGAGGGGUUAGUCUUUCUUCUGGACAGGGCCUAACUAUACUGGCCCAAUAAGUACAUGCAAGAACAUUCCUGUGUCCAGUUUUCUGAGGCUAUAAUUAAAACAGUUUCAUAUCCCCCUCCAACAUUAGACAACUAUCAAAUCAAUGAUGAGAGAAUAGUCAAAUUAACUGAUAACUGACAUAGACAUGGUGGUGUAGCAGCCAGAUCUGAAUGUCGUGAACCAUGAUGUUGUGCGUUCAAAUCAAAGGUGAGAACAAUGUAAUCAUGUAUGUCCAAGUGUGUCAAAUAUGUAAGUUGAAAACACUAUGCUAGGAGCACUGUGUGUGUCUAAACUUGCCAUCACAGACAGCUGUGAAUGGAUCUGUGGUUCACCAAUCAGGGCCUUGAUGGGCAAUAGUAACAAGGUGUGACAUGUAAUUAACCUUUUUUUCUUUUGGGAGAACGUUUUUUUGGGACCAUCAGGCGAUGUCCUGACAACUGAUAUACAGAAAUGUUCUUGCAGCGUUCCCAUGAAACAUGUCUAGAACAUUAAUAUCUUACAUUCUGAGAACAUGGCAACCAUAUUCUGUGGAUGUUUGGUGGGACGUUGAUAGAAUAUUCUCCUAACCCUCCGAAAACUGGACACAGGAAUGUUCUUGCAACGUUCUCAUGAAACGUGUCUAGAACAUUAAUGUUAUAUAUUCUGAAAAUAUUGUAACCAUGUUCUAGAUAAGUUCUGCUUGAAAUUAAGGGAAUGUUCUCCUAACGUUAUCACCAAAACAUGCUAAAAAUGAUUUUGUUAACAUAGAUAGAAUUUCCCCCUGACUAACGGAAAGCUGGACACUCAAACAUUAGGAGAACAUUAUGGGUAACAUUACAACAUUUUUUAUUUCUCUCUCCCUAGAAUUGUUAGCUGGGUAGAAAGGGAAGAAGAGAGAGUGAAGGAGGAGAGGGAGGGAGGAGGAGGGAGGGACGGGAGGGGAGAGGGAGCAGGGGCAUGGGGAGGGAGGGACGAGAGAGAAGAGGGAGCGGGGAGGGAGGAGAGAGGAGGAAGAGGGGACGAGGGAGGGCAGGGAGAGAAGGUGUGGCGGGGAGGACGGAGCAGGGGGAGGGGAGGAGAGAGGGGAGCAGGGGGCGCAGAGGGAGGGGAGGGGAGGGAGGGCGUGGAGAGGCGGGAAGACGCGAGAAGGGGCGAGGGGAGGGAUGGAGGAGAGGAAGGGGGAGGGGGGCGGGAGCAGGGAGGGAGGGGAGAGCGGAGAAGAGAAGGGGCGUAGGAGUGGGAGGGAGGCGAGAGAGAGGGGAGGGCAGGCUGGGAGAGGGACGGGGAGAGGGAGGGGAGAGAGAGGAAGGGGGGAGGGGGAGGCGAGGGACGGAGGAGAACGGGGAAGGGAGGAGGGAGGGAGAGGGGAAGGGCGGGGAGGGGAGAGGAGAGAAGGGGAAGGAGGGGGGGAGGGGGAGAGAAAGGGGGACAGGGAGGGGGGGGACCAAAAAGGAAGGGGGGAAAGGGGGGGGAGGAGAGAGGAGGAGAAGGGGGGGAAAGGGAGGGAGGGGAGAGAGGGGGGAGGGGAAGGGGGGGAAAGGAGAAGAGGGGGAGAGGGGGGGAGGGAGAGAGGAAAAGGGGAAGGGGGGAGGGGGAAGGGGAGGGAGAGAGAGAAGGGGGGAGGGAAGGAGGGAGGAUAGAGGGGGGAGAGGGGGGGGGAGGGAAGGGAGAAGGGGGAGAGGGAGGGAGGGGAGGGGGGGAGGGAGGAAGAGAGGGGGAGGGGGAGGGGGGGAGGGAGGGAGGGAGAGAAGAGAAGGGGAGGGAGGGAGGGAAGAGAGGGGAAGGAGGGAGAGGGGGGGAGGGAGAGAGAGGGGAGAGAGAGGGGAGAGGGGGGGGGGGAGGGGGGAGGAGAGAGAAGAGAAAGGGGAGGGGGGAGGGGGGGGGAGAGGGAGAGGGAAGGAGGGAGGGAGGGAGGGGGGGGGGAAAAGGAGAGAAGGAGAGGGAGGAAGGGAGAGAGAGAAGGAGGGAGAGGGAGGGAGGGAGGGAGAGAGAGAAGGAGGGAGAGGGAGGGAGGGAGAGAGAGAUUUAAUGAGCAGGUCAAAUCUGUUUUGCGUGUGGAAAGAACAAGCGGAGUGGAAGAGGAAGAGAGAGAUUGAGAAAGAGACAGAACUUUGCAUAAACAAAUAUUUUCCCAACCAGCCCCUCUGGUCUUGGCUUUGGGUUUAGGGCACACAUUGAUGUUGUGCAAGGUGACACCAGUACACAGGUUCUGGGUGGCUGUCUACCAUGGGGACACAGGGUUAUACAGUGUGUGUGUGUUCAAUAUGAGCACGGCCAGCUCAGGACCACAUGCCCUAUUAGAAGUUGAACAGUAGCCACCUUUGGGGUUUCCAGUGUCAAAGAGAGUUGGAAAUUACACUGAAUUCAUGUAUGCUCUUCUAGAACAAAGUUUCCAAUUAAGAAUACAUUUAGAAAAAACACUGCCAAGGCUUUAUGCUAUGAGUCAUUCAUUUAAUCAACUUUAUUCAGUCAAAACACCUCUGAUAUUAUCAGGAAACCAAAGGCACUCCAGUGUGUCUUAGCUCUAAUUAUAGUCAUGCUGGUCUGUAGCUCCCCUGGUAUGAUAUUGGGAGUUCCAGUGCUGGUAUGACUCCUCUCUAACCCCCUACCACCUAGCUAUGGUAGUUAUAUUUAGCUGUAUGGUAUGAUCCUCCCUAACCCCCUACCACCUAGCUAUGGUAGUUAUAUUUAGCUGUAUGGUAUGUUCCCUCUCUAACCCCCUACCACCUAGCUAUGGUAGUUAUAUUUAGCUGUAUGGUAUGACUCCUCUCUAACCCACUACCACCUAGCUAUGGUAGUUAUAUUUAGCUGUAUGGUAUGACUCCUCUCUAACCCCCUACCACCUAGCUAUGGUAGUUAUAUUUAGCUGUAUGGUAUGUCUCCUCUCUAACCCACUACCACCUAGCUAUGGUAGUUAUAUUUAGCUGUAUGGUAUGUCCCCUCUCUAACCCCCUACCACCUAGCUAUGGUAGUUAUUGCGGGUUGACUCCCUUAACCCCCUACCCCCUAGCUUGGUAGUUUAAAUUUUGCUGAUGGAUGUCCUUCUCAACCCAUACCACCUAGUAUGGUGUUUUAAAUUUUGCGUAUGGAGACUCCUCUCAACCCCCUACACCUGCUAUGGUAGUUUUUAUUUAGUGUAUGGAUGCCCUCCUAACCCCCCACCACCAGCUUGGUUUAUAUUAGUGAGGUAGUCCUUCCUUUAACCCCUACCACCUAGCUAUGGUAGUUAUAUUUAGCGUUUUGGUUGUUCCCCCUUUAACCCACUACCCCCUACAUGGUAGUUAUUUAGCUGUAUGGUAUGUCCUCUCUAACCCCCUCCACCCAGUUGGAGUAUAUUUAGCGAGGUUGUUCCUCUUAACCCACACCCCCAGCUAUGGUAGUUUAUUUUUGUGUAUGGGAUGUUCCCUUCUAACCCCUACAUAGCAUGGUAGUUAAUUUAGCGUAUGGUAUGUUCCCCUCUAACCCAUACCCACCUAGCUAUGGGUAGUUUAUUUAGCUGUAUGGUAUGUUCCCUCCCUAACCCCUACCACCUAGCUAUGGUAGUUAUAUUAGCUGUAUGGUAUGUCUCCUCUCUAACCCCCUACCACCUAGCUAUGGUAGUUAUAUUUAGCUGUAUGGUAUGACUCCUCUCUAACCCCCUACCACCUAGCUAUGGUAGUUAUAUUUAGCUGUAUGGUAUGACUCCUCUCUAACCCCCUACCACCUAGCUAUGGUAGUUAUAUUUAGCUGUAUGGUAUGUCCUCUCUCUAACCCACUACCACCUAGCUAUGGUAGUUAUAUUUAGCUGUAUGGUAUGUUCCCUCCCUAACCCCCUACCACCUAGCUAUGGUAGUUAUAUUUAGCUGUAUGGUAUGACUCCUCUCUAACCCCUACCACCUAGCUAUGGUAGUUAUAUUUAGCUGUAUGGUAUGACUCCUCUCUAACCCCACUACCACCUAGCUAUGGUAGUUAUGCCCACCAGUAAUUCAAGCUGUUAGUUUGCCUUUUCCCACUCCGUCAGUUGGAGACCACAAGUGAAACAGAUCUGUUUUCAAAGAGACACUUUUCAGACAUCUGGCCUGUUUUGUGGAAUGGCUAUUUUGAUGCCAAUUAAUAUAGACCCCCCCCCCCCCCCCCCCCCCCCCCCCCCCCCCCCCAAUAAUAAAUAUAUUAAAUAAACUAACAUAUUUAAAAGUUAGAGUCAGUUUUCUCAUGCUGCCCCCUAGUUUCAGUGUUUUAUCUCCCCCUGCAGGCCUUACGAGGAACUGACCAACUGCACAUUUUUCGUGGCCCUCAAGAUGCACUGCUUCUGGCCCAACCGGCUGAUAGACGAACUCUUCAUCCGCCUCCACCGGGACUACUUUCAUGACUGCGCUCUGACCGGCAGGCUGCUUCGCGACCCUCCUAUAAGUAUCCUGGGGACUUUCAUUGGAGUGCCUGUGCUGGUCACUCUGCUCAUGACUGCCCUAGUAGUGUGGAGGGGUAAACGCUGUCAGGGAAUCGUGUAACUGUCUCAUCCUGCCAAAAUUCUAACCUGAACCAUUAGCGGAGGAAACGCAAAACUGACCCGAGUCCAGCUUCUAGGGAUCAACCUGAGCUCUUGGAGAUGUUUGUUUGAUAACAUAGACAUGAUGGAGGGGACACUGAACUGGGACAAAUGACAAGCAGAGAUACCCAACAGCAUACUAAGACUGUGAUCUCUCUGUGAUGUUUGUUAUUUGAUGGACACUGGUAGUAUGGGUGAAGGACCUUUCAGAAGCCUACUUCUGAAACAAAGCAAAGGCUAUUUAAGCUUGUACUGUGGCUCAUCAAUAGCUCUAGAACUUCCAAUUGAAAACAUGCAUUGUAUUGUUGUAAACCACAAAUUGGCCAACCAAGAGAGGGCUAAUGUGGGGUAGGGCAGGGAGUACAGUAUUGGUAGAGUGUAUGACCUUCUAUGUCAAAAUCAAUGCAACGACAUCUAUAAUGUAGCUUUGGGCAUAUUGGACACCAGCCAAAGUAUUUACAUGAACUGAUUGGAUGUAUAUAAAGUGUUUCACAGAAAAGGCUUUAUUUGAUUUAGAUCUCCAUGCCCAGUAGCCACGCCCUUUAAUAAAAAACAAACAUUAAUAUACUUUAUCAGAAUAUGUUGUCUUAUAUUCUACCAUUUUAAAUGUAAAAUGCUUCAUUUCACAACUGAACACAUCUUAACUUGGUAUCUGGCACUGUAAACAAACGCUUCCUAGCAUCAAGGAAGGGAUGAGAGGACGAGCUAUCAGCUAGGGAGGAGACUAGUUAGCUAGCUAAAUUAGCUUGACGCCGGGGUUUCCAACUAGAUAGCACAUCCACAAAGUCAAAAUUGGCUAUAUCGUAAAAAUUAAUGAAAACAAAAUUGGUGUUAAUGUAAGGUUAGGCAUAAGGUUAGCACUGGGGUUAAGGUUAGGUUUAAAAUCUAAUUUUAAGAAGAGAAAGUGUAGAGAUAGGUGGGGGUUAUGACUUUUUGACUGUAGUAACUAGUGACGACCGAUUGACGGGGAUUCCAACCAAAAAGUGUUGCCUUGUGUCUCCAGAUGUCUUGUAGCCGGGUAUUCCACACCAGCUGCCUUGCGCUUAUGGUACAGCUGCUCUGUCUGGAGGCAGUGCCCAUCAGUGUGGACAAGACCAAGGUGAACCAGCCGUAGGACAAAGCCUCAGAGCCGCCACCAAGUGUGGACACUGGACUCCACUAUGACCGUUAUUUCAGGGAAGUCAUUGAUUUUCUGGAAAAAUACCAGCAUUUCAGAGAGAAGCUCCAUAACACAGAUAUGGAGGACAUCAAGAUGGGGAAGCUGGCCAAAGAGCUGGACUUUGUCAGCCACCAUGUAAGGACACAACUGGACGAGCUAAAAAGGCAGGAGGUUAGCCGGCUACGGACACUGAUCAAAGCCAAGCAAGACAUCGAAGGAGGGAACGAUAUGGCAGUAGACCACCAAGCUCUGCUGAAACAGUUUGAGUACCUGAACCACAUGAAUCCUCACACCUUUGAAGUGGAGGAUCUGGACAGACUCAUCAAAUCAGCCACAAACGAUCUGGAGAACUAUGACAAGGAGCGCCAUGAGGAGUUCAAGAAGUACGAGAUGAUGAAAGACCAUGAGCGAAGCGAACACCUCAAGACUCUAGAUGAUGAAGGGAGGAAGAAGGAGGAAGAACAUUACGAGGAGAUGAAGAAGAAACAUGCAGACCAUCCCAAAGUCAACCAUCCAGGCAGCCAGAAUCAGUUCAAAGAGUUGUGGGAGGAAGCAGAUGGUCUUGACCCUGAAGAUUUUGACCCCAAUACCUUUUUCAAGCUGCAUGGUUCCAAUGGAGAUGGCUUCUUCGAUGAGCAGGAAUUGGAGGCGUUGUUUACAAAGGAGCUGGAGAAGAUCUAUGAUCCUACCAAUGAAGAGGACGAUAUGGUGGAGAUGGAGGAGGAGCGCCUGCGUAUGAGAGAGCACGUCAUGAACGAGGUGGACACCAACAACGACAGACUGGUCUCCUUAGAAGAGUUCCUGAUUGCCACAAAGAAAAAGGAAUUCCUGGAACCAGAUAGUUGGGAGACCCUAGAGCAGAACCAUGCCUACACAGAGGAGGAGAUGAGGUAGUUUGAGGAGCGCCUGGCCCAGCAGGAAGAGGACCUCAACCAGAAAGCAUCAGAACUCCAGAAACAGAGGGAUGAGUUGGAGAGGCAGCAGGAACAGCUCAACACACAGAAAGUAGAGCUUCAGCAGGCAGUAGAACACAUGGAACGGUUGAAAACCCAGAAAGUUGAGCCCCCUCCAGAGGUUCAUGUGGUAGGGAAUGCUAUCCCAGAGCCACAAGGAGAAAACCAUCCUUUGCCCCCGGGCCACCAAGAUAUGUCCCAAAACCACCCGGGUAUGAAGCAAGACAACCACCUCCAGAACCAAAUACCCCACAACAUCCAGGAUUUGUCCCAACCACGUCUCCAGGAUCUGCCACCAGGCCAUCAGGCAGUGCCAUAGGGCCAACAUGACUUACCAUAAGGCCCCCAUCAGAACCAGUUUACUCAACCCCAGCUGCCAGAUAAAACUCUAUAGACAACACCGCUGGCUCCAUGGCCCCCCACCCACAGCCCUUUACAGUACUUAUAUACCUCCAGUCCAGUGUGCAGAGAUCCCGUCAUAUGGGCAUGUGUGGCCCCUGUUAUCCUGAAAGAGUUAACUGAAAACCAGCUGGAGAACACAGGAGGCGUUUACAGUAUCCCUGCCCACUUGUGGAUUUCAAUUCGAGCCUUCAAGGCCUAGAAAUGUUUUAUACAUACACAGAGUGCAUAUGCGGUAUGUGUAUGUGAUGUAUGGAUUGGUCAUAGGCCUCCUGUAGCUCAGUUGGUAGAGCAUGGCGCUUGCAACGGCAGGGUUGUGGGUUCGAUUCCCACGGGGGGCCGGUAUGAAAAAUGUAUGCACUCACUAACUGUAAGUCUCUCUGGAUAAGAGCGUCUGCUAAAUGACUAAAAUGUAACAUGUAAUUACAUAGCCAUUACCAUUGCAUGUACUGUCCCUACAGAUAAAUGUAUCUGAUUAUGUAUUCAUUAUUAUCUAUUAAUUUGCAUACUAGACAGAGAAAAAGAGAAAAAAAAUACUAAAAUGAAAAAAGUGAAAUAAAAAUAUCAUUUUUGAUAUCCAUUUGUUUUGAUAUCAAUAUGAUAUUAAUUUGAUAUCCAAACAUGAAUGAGAACAGAACUUAACUGGCUGCCUGACCAACUCCCUCCCACCUGAGGAGUGUAGACCAUCAAUCUAGUACCAUAACUAUCAGAUUCAGUACUCCAACGUCACACAUCCCAAUAGACACACCUGUGUAGAGGAGGAUCAAAAAUACUUUACAAUAUGAACCAGUGGAGGCUGCUGAGGGGAGGUACGGCUCAUAGUAAUGGCCGGAACGGAGCGAAUGGAAUGGCAUCAAAUACUUGGAAACCAUGUUUUUGAUGUAUUUGAUACCAUUCCACUGAUUCCGCUCCAGUCGUUACCACAAACCCAUUCUCCCCAAUUAAGGUGACACCAGCCUCCUCUGAUAUGAACCAUUCAAAAACACCAGCUAUUCUCAUACUGUUUGGUGGGCAGAAUGAGAAGGCACACACACACACACACACGCACACACACACACACUCUUACACACAUUUUCCUUGUUUUAAUUUUAGGUACACAAAGGCAGUGAAUGAGUCAGCACACCAGCGGGCCCUGGGUCUCACUGAAGGAGAAUGGAAGAAAUUAAAUGAUUAAGUUAAAGGCCGCUUUGAUUGACAGCUCACCUUAACACAAGUGGCAGAAUAUAGUCCCAAGGCCGGCUCGCCAAAGCAAUGGGGUUAUUAAUCUCAAUGUGAUUGCAGUAAAUGGACAUGAAUUGAAGCCUGGGCCCAGAGCAAUAGCAAUAUGGCCACUGUCAGCUCCCUGUAGAGAAGGUGUGAUCUAUCCUGUACCCAGCUGAACUGUUCACGUGGUGUGUGUGUGUGUGUGUGUGUGUGUGUGUGUGUGUGUGUGUGUGUGAAACAGGCCAGAUGACAUGGCUGGAUGGGUUUAAUAAGUGAAACCUCACAGUAACAUCUCACCUACAGUGAUAUAGCCUAAAGGAGUAUGUAGCGACCACAGGAGGCUGGUGACACCUUAAUUGGGGAGAACGGGUUUGUGGUAAUGACUGGAGCGGAAUCAGUGGAAUGGUAUCAAAUACAUCAAACACAUGGUUUCCUUGUGUUUGAUACCAUUCCAUUUGCUCUGUUCCAGACAUUAUGAGCCGUUCAAAUCAAAUCUUAUUGGUCACAUGCGCCGAAUACAACAGGUGCAGACAUUACAGUGAAAUGCUUACUUACAGCCCUUAACCAACAGUGCAUUUAUUUUUUAACAAAAAAAGUAAAAAUAAAACAACAACAAAAAAAGUGUUGAGAAAAAAAAGAUGUAGCCUAAAGGACUAUAUAGCCUAAAAUAGCCUAAUAACACCUUACAAACACGGUCACCUAUUGAGACGAAUCUAAUAGAGUGGUAAGUGAUUGUAAUGAGUUAUAGGAAUGCAAUCAGAAAACAUUAGCCAGUGAGUUUGCCAUGUUUCAUUGAAUCCAGGAAGAUGGUACGGUAGACAUCUGACAUUACAUCUGAAGAGGAGGCACAGAACUGAUAUAAAGGACCUGGGGGGUAUUCAAUAGGAACCAAAAAGAAGCAAACAGGCCCAAACGGGGAGGGAAUAACCUGAACUCCAAUAAGAAAGGCUCAUUUACUAAAGGUUUUGCUACAGUGUGCACUAAUGAAUACAACCCUGUAGUCUCAGGGAAGCUACUUCAGAGAAGGCUUGUUGAGCGUUCCCAUGUUGAGGCCGGGAGUCAGAGUUUAGUGGGUCAGGUAUACCCAGGUCACUAUGAGUUGUGGCAAUGAGUUGGGGCUAUGAGGUGGGGUUAUGAGGUGGGUCUAUGAGGUGGGUCUAUGAGUUGGGGCUAUGAGUUGGAGCUAUGAGUUGGGACUAUGAGUUGGGACUAUGAGUUGGGACUAUGAGUUGAAGCUAUGAGUUGGGUCUAUGAGUUGGAGUUAUGAGUUGGGACUAUGAGUUGGGGCUAUGAGGUGGGGCUAUGAGUUGGGGCUAUGAGUUGGAGCUAUGAGUUGGGACUAUGAGUUGGGACUAUGAGUUGGAGCUAUGAGUUGGGACUAUGAGUUGCAGCUAUGAGUUGGGACUAUGAGUUGGGGCUAUGAGUUGGGUCUAUGAGUUGGGACUAUGAGUUGGGUCUAUGAGUUGGGACUAUGAGGUGGGGCUAUGAGUUGGGGCUAUGAGGUGGGGCUAUGAGUUGGGGCUAUGAGUUGGGGCUAUGAGUUGGGAUUAUGAGUUGGGUCUAUGAUGUGGGGCUAUGACGUGGGGCUAUGAGUUGGGUCUAUGAGUUGCAGCUAUGAGUUGGGGCUAUGAGUUGGGUCUAUGAGUUGGGGCUAUGAGUUGGGGCUAUGAGUUGGGACUAUGAGUUGGGACUAUGAGUUGGGGCUAUGAGUUGGGUCUAUGAGGUGGGGCUAUGAGUUGGGGCUAUGAGUUGGGUCUAUGAGGUGGGGCUAUAAGUUGGGUCUAUGAGGUGGGGCUAUGAGGUGGGGCUAUGAGGUGGGUAAUGAGGUGGGGUAGGGAAAGUAUUACUUUAUUCUGCCACUAGGGGCACCAUGUGGCAUUUCAGAUGGUAAGACCUCACCACUGUCAGAGACUUGACUCCUGCCAGGCAGGUUCUCAAUCAUAUUCCUCUGCCACACACAUGCACGCACGCACACCAGCCUUAACACUCAGAGGGACACCGAGGGAGCGCGUGUAAGCUCAUUCGUAAGAGGUUGGAGACAUCAGACUCCCUCCACUGUUCAGAAAGCAAUCCACUGUAAUUACCAGUUACAGUUACUAUUACAGUAAACCAGAGAAGACUAUUGUAUUUUAACAAGCUAUUUCUUUAUAAAACAAGAAAUUAUUGAGUUCAUCGGGUAUCCAGACUAUUCUGAAACAUCUUCUUUAGGUGAUAUUGGAGUUCAUGUGGGUACACUUUUCAUUUUGACUUUAUUGAUGGGCUAAUGAUUUAAGUUGAAUGUAAUAUGUGGUCUUAUUUGUUGGAAUGUUAUUAUUUAAAAAAAAGUAUUAUUCUUUACCAUUGAACGCAACACAAAACAUCAAGUGAAGACACGGGUCUGUGGGUAUUGCUGCUUCGUUGCCCCAGAACAGGCUGCUGCAGGUUUGCAAGCCAGCCAGUAGAAAUACUUGACCACCACUGUGAUCUCUGUUUCUGGACUCGACUCCCCCAUCACAGACAGCAACCUAGGACAGAAGAGGAGGAGUGGAACAGAGUGAGUGAUAGUCAAAGAAGAUGGUCAUCAGGUCACUAAGUCUUUCUUAGAGAUGAGAAAUUCAACUCGGGGCUCAAUUUAAACCAACCCGCACUGCAGUAUUUAUGGAAUUUUGUAAAAAAUAAUAAUAAUAGAUAGUUGCUUCCAGUGUUCAUAAUUGUGAUAGAAGUGUGCAGACAGUAGUUUUCAAAAAUGGAGUAAACAUUGCUAAAGGCACGUUCAAUUUAAUUGACCCACUACAUUUUUAGCACAUGAAUGCUGAAGCUCACCUGUUCCUGAACUCCUGGGAUAACCUGUGGGCUUCCACUGGAUCCUGCUUCAGCAAGGCCCGAAAGCUAGAGAAGGUCUCCACCAUGCCAAUGUAGCCAUUCAGAGGCAUUGGUCUCCUCACCCGCAGACACUCAUGCCUGGAGAGAGCAAUGCAAAAACACUGAACACCAGCAGAAUACUAUUUUAUGCUAAGCUAGGCAAGGCCAGGCUAAGCUAGGCUAUUCUACACUAGGCUAAGCGAUGUUAUUCUAUGAUACUCUAGGCCAGGCUAUGAUACUCUAGGCUAGGCUAUGCUAGCCUAUGCUAGUAUACUAUUAUAGUUACAGUAGAUACAGAGCCGGCAAGAUAUAGCAGUCUUUGGGUACCUUGGCUUUUCAGCAGCACUCACCACUCUUUGUCUGGGUACGGGCAUGAGUCAUACAUCUGUUUGUAGAGAGGGACAGUGGUAGUACCUAAGUGAGCACUGCGAAAUGGCAGCAGGAUCUUGUAGAACUGAAGGGGGACAUGAAUAAGGUAGUAUUACGUUCCCGUUGUUUUCAUACUCUGAAGCCACAAAGUUUGCACACUUCAUAGAAGGCCAGAUCCCAGUGUACAUUGAACUCAGAGAGUGUUACAUUUAACACUGUCACAGAGUACAUAUGAGUCCCAAUUGUUAAUUUAACACUGAGAUAGUGGGACUUCUAUACAUAGUCAGUUGGUCAGUUGAUUGUCUGUAAUGUUGUCUCCUGCUGGAGCAGCCUACUACUUUUAAUUAUCUUAUAAAUUCAAUCAAUUGCUCAGUGGUUUGGUAUCUGACCUGUUGACAGAUGUCAGUAAGAGUGUGGGAGUGUUGUCCGUACUCCAGGUCCAUGUCCAGGGUAUAACUGAUCAGAGCCAGACACCCUCUCGGCCUCAGCAGCCUGUCUGCCUCCUGGAGGAACCGUGGACGGUUGAACCAGUGGGCCGCGGUCAUGGACGUCACCAAGUCAGCCCCGCCGUCAGCAAACGGUAG